AUGGAUCCAUUUGGAGGAAGCCCAGAACCCAAGUUGUCAUCUUCUUGUUCGACCCGGCGGAGAAUUAUGGAUGCUCGUCAGCAUCACGCUUCACUCGGCCGGCGAACGCUGGAAGAAAUUCGUCAAAAAAGAGCGGCAGAGAGAUUGAGCAAAGCGGCAUCCGGACCUGAUCUCACCCAAGUCCCUAUAUCAAGCUCAAGUGCAUCUGAGAGCGGAACACGGUUGGGGGAAGUUGAUAUCAGUAGCUUAGUAUCUCAACUCAAAGAAUUGCAAAAGAGGAACAAUGAUCUUGAUGAGGAAAACAAGUCACUGUCGUCACAGCUGCGGUCCAAGGAGAUUGAGAACGACAUGCUACAGAAGAGGUUGAAUGAUCUGGACCAAAAUACAGUACCGUCACUCAGAAAAGCUCUCAAAGAUGUUGCUAUGGAAAAGGAUGCAGCAGUUGUUUCUCGGGAAGACCUGUCAGCUCAGCUUCGAGCCGUUAAGAAACGUUUGAAGGAGGCUGAAGAAGAACAAUACAGAGCUGAGGAGGAUGCAGCAGCAUUGAGAGCCGAGUUGAAUUCAUUGCACCAACAAGCUAUGAGUGGUCCUACCGGUGGAAUGCCAUCAACAAGCUAUUCACCAGAUCAUGUAAUGGUUAUGGAAAGGGAAUUAUCUAAUUUGAAAACUCAGCUCGAGCAAGAGUCACGGUUAAGGCAGCAAGAUCAGCAACGUUUAGCUGAUGAGCAGGUUCGAAUAUCUACCCUUAUCUCUGAAAAGCAGGAUUUAGAGGAGAAACUUGCCUUAAGUGCCCAGAGGGUGUCAGGUGAAACAACUGAAAAUGCUAACAUCAAAGGAUUCACAGAGGAAGAUAAAGAAAGACUUGAGAAGCAAUUACAUGAGAUGGCAGUUGCUGUUGAGAGAUUAGAAAUUAGUAGGCAAAAGCUUCUGAUGGAGAUUGAUUCCCAGUCCUCUGAGAUAGAAAGACUUUUUGAGGAAAACUCAAAUCUAUCAUCCGCUUAUGAAGAGGCCAACAAAGUUGUGGAACAAUGGGAAAACCAGGUCAAAGAUUGUCUAACACAAAAUGACGAGCUCCGUAGUUUGUUACACAAGUAUAGAAUGGAACAGGCAGGGAGAUCGACGAUCAAUGGGAACGCUGGCAUCACGGAAUCAAGCAAGGAAGAGAAUGGUUCUCUUUUAUCUCCGGAGAUAACAUCUCUCAAAACUCAACUGGCAAAUGAGCAGAGCAGAGUUGAAGCACUUUCUGCAGAAACCUUGCAGCUCUCAGCACGACUACAACAGGCAACUCAGGCUUACAACGGUCUUGCUCGCCUAUAUAAACCAGUGCUACGGAACAUUGAAAAUAGCCUCAUCAAGAUGAAGCAAGAUGGUUCAGUUGCUGCGUAA